AUGGCAUCCGUUCUGGAUGUUUCUCAGGGGAGCACCCAGGAGUUAUACUCUGAAAAUAGAUCAUCAGCCGAGCAACCUCCCACCCGUCAUGUCUGCCACUGUGGGAAAGGCUUUAUCAGGAAGGAGCAUCUUCGACGGCAUCAAGCCACCCACGGAGAGCGGAACUUUGUCUGCUCCGUAUGCCAACGGUCGUUUACACGCAAUGACCUGCUCCGUCGUCACCUGACACGCCAUGACAUGCCAGCGGCUCCAGAUCCUCGCCGGGGCCGAGCUUGCGAUGCCUGUCAUGCAAACAAGACAAAGUGCGAUGGAGGUAUUCAGUGCACACUCUGUGCUAAGAGAGGCAUCAGCUGCACAUACAAACUUGUAUCAAAGAGCAGCAGCGACGGCAAGACAUCCAAAAGCAAUGCCUCACCUUCAAAUUCGCCGACUUCUCCUUCUCCGGCAGCACCUAUCGGAUUCCGAGAGGCUUUUGCAUCGACUGCUGCCAACAUGAGAACGACACUACAAUCAAGUAAAAAAGAAGAUGAAGUGACAGCCGGACUGAAGAGAAUCGCUGGUGAGCUGGCAUCUCGGGAAAUCUCUAUCGAAGGCAGUACCCGCAUGUCUAGCGCCGACAAGGAUUGGAUGGAGGCAAGUUCGAAAGAGUUCUUUGAGCGAUUCCACGACAGUUGGCCGAUACUCCACGCGCCCUCGUUCUUUCCCAUGGACCAUGCACUUGUUGUGUCAGUCUCCGUGGUCAUGAUCAGUUCGUGGUUAAAGAACCCUGAUGGAAUGGCUGAGCCUGUGCUGAGACUACACGAAGUCUUGAUGGAGCGUUUCUUUGAGUGGAUUUCAAAUCCUCGGCCCCGGCAUAACUUGGAAGAACCUUGGCCAAUGGACGUAUUCCAGGGUAUUGUUCUCAAUAUCAUAUUUGCCUUCUACUACGGGAGCGAGAAGUUGGUUGCAAGGGCAACAUUAUUACGAGGAAUGCUCGUCGUUUACAUGAGAGAGAUGGAGUUCUUUAUCUGUGAAAGCGCGGCAUAUGAGCAACGAGUUCACUUUCCAGGCACCUUCAUCCCUUGGUUACAAACAAUCCGUGAACGAUGGAAGAGACUCAUCGUUGCUUUAUACAAAAUCGACGUAUAUCUUUCAAUAGCCCGCGGCCAACCCGCAGCCCUCCACCGGGAAGAAAUCGACGCUACAAUGCCUUCGACCUUCUCUCUAUGGAACGCAUACGGCUUGAACGUCUUCUUUAGACGUCUCUCACAGGAACCCACUGAUCGAGUGGGAUUCAAGCUCUCCGAAGUUAUCAGCAACCCAAACUCACCCGCAAAGUCCCUCGUACUUCUCGAAGACGUUCACCUCGCCCUCUGUGGGUUGCUUCCUGGAAUAUGGAACCACUCCCAGAUCGUGCGACGGACCACCGAACCCGGAAGACCAACGCUGAAUUCACUCACCUCCCUCGCUUGGCAACUUGAGACGUGGAAAGCAGACCUGGAGCGCAUCUCUCAUCAGUGCACACAGUGCUUCCACGCUGAUCAGAUCGAAGAGUUUCCCUUCUUUGCCUACGUUGGGAAAUACGAAGAGGAACCACAACGAGCCAAAGUGGCGGCGAUGAACCACAUCAAGUGCCUCGUCUCGGACUGCAUGAUGACGUAUCACCUUCAAGGGAUGCAGCUCUAUUCCGACAUACGGGUCAUGAACACAGUCGCGAGGAUCUCUGCUCAAGCAACUGGAGAAGAUUCCUCCAAGUCAUUACGGAUUCAGAAACAUCAAUCUCAACUCAACGCGUGGGCAACGACAUCAGAGAGCAGACGCGCCCUCCUCCACGCCCUCAGCGUGCUACGCGGAUGCGAAGCCGACAUCCAGACAAACGAACCCCAAACACAAUCGAUAGACCCCAUCGCAUAUCUCACAAUCUCGAUGAGCGCGCUCGUAGUCUGGGCGUGGCUCAUCUUCUCUGAGCAUGCCUGCAACUGUGUCCCGAGCCUGAGCCACAUAAACGUUGGUGUGGACCCGACGAAUCUGCAGAGCACCGCUCAGUUGGAGAAUUGGAUACAGUCCGGUGGCACGGCGGCACUGCACAGUAUACCGCUUUGUAGAUGCGUUGCUGAAGGGUGGAUGGCUAGGUUCAAUGCUCUGCUUCCUCAGGGGAGCAGGAGGUGGGAGCUGAGUGAUGAUGUGGCACCGAUUUUGCAGCCAGUAGCUGCGGCUAGUUGA